GGUGCGGUGCUCCGGGAGGUCCUCUCUCGUCCUGAGCGAACCAAACUGGACGGAGGGGACGACCUGGCCUUCUACGAUGUUCCCCGCUUCGUAAAACACGUGGAUGCGGACUUUUUGGACAAGGUCACGGAACUGUACCGCCAACGUAUUCCGGAAGGCGCUGCCGUAUUGGACCUUUGCAGCAGCUGGGUGUCACACUUACCACCGGAGGUGUACUACAGCAAGGUAGUGGGUCACGGAAUGAACCCCUCGGAGUUAGCUCGCAACCCCCGACUGACAGCCGCCUUCGUUCGGGACCUGAACAAGGAGCCGGAGGGCUGGCCACUGGAGGACAGGAGCCUGGAUGCGGUGGUGUGCUGCGUCAGCGUGCAGUACCUCCAGCAGCCGGAGCGCGUCUUUGCCGAGAUUUACCGAGUUCUCAAACCGGGGGGUGUCUGCAUCAUCACAUUCUCUAACCGCAUGUUUUAUUCCAAGGCGAUAGCAGCAUGGAGGGAUGCCUCAGGCUACGCCCGGUGCCAGCUGGUACGGCAGUAUUUCCAGGCUGUGUCGGGUUUCACGGAGCCUCAGGUGCUGACGGAGACCCUGGGAGAGGCCGGUAGCCUAGUGGGCCGCUUGUUAGGUCCCUUGACCCGGCUGCUGCAGCGCAGCAGCUCCGACCCCUUCUAUGCAGUGGUGAGCUACCGCAACUUCCGGCCCGAGUGA